AUGCGAUCCAUCCCACUCUCUCCCUCUCUCUCUCCCUCUCGCUUCCUUAGUGAUCUGGGUCACGCCGAUCAGUCUUGCACGGACACAGCUGCGUGGCAGCGUUUUUGGUGCCCAAACCAACACUGGGUCAUUCGGGACAUUUGCAACGCCUGUUUCGCAUGCUUGAAUGUCAAAAAUCCCAACCCAGCGUACCGCGCACCGCUGCAGCUCAUUAAGGUAGACUACCCAAACCAAAUCGUCGGUGUCGACUUAAUGGGUCCGAUGCCCCCUUCAGCCUUCGGAAAUCGCUAUAUCCUUGUCUUAAUAGACUUCUUCACCAAGUGGUACGAAGCCGUGCUCCUCUCAGAGGCUAACAUUAUUACGGUUGCCAAGGCCAUCUUUAGCGAGUGGUAUGCCGUCAUGGCAUUCCCCAGCAACUCCAUCCAGACCGUAGUGCUCAAUUCGAGUCGCGUUUACUGGGAAAACUUUGCGAACUCCUUCAUAUUCGUAAAUCACUUUCUACUCCUUGGCACCUGA